AUUUCAUUUUUGUAUUUUUUUUUUUUGCCAUUUUAGCUUUGGCUCUAAAUUAUGUCAUUAUUCAAGAACAUGUUUAACGGUAACCGAAAACACUCACCCGUAAGGGAGGACAUACCUAAAGACCUAGACGGCGAUAUGCAAACAUCGGAUAUAUUCGAGAGUGGACACAGGUUGACCGCACUCGAAAAUAUUGGAUCAUCCCUCACUACACUAUGGAGCAAUUGUGCUCUGAAUGUUAUAUCCAGCAGGGAGAAUAUCGAUAAGGAGAUCAACCAAAACAAGCCCAACACUGCAAAGGAUAUAUCUGGAACAACCAAUGUAGAUUCGACCUCAUCUGCCCUUAACUUUGAACUGGAAACGGAACCCACAGAAUCAUCCUAAAUUAAAUAUCAAAUCAAUUAUGCCGCAUUCAGAUCUUAGCAAAAUAUACGGUUAACUAUUACAAAUGGUAAAUAAAAUUAACAAUUUUCGCUGUUU